AUGGGAGUUGAUGAUCCAUCACAGAACUUCACAGAAAUGCCUGAUCUGCAUGGAGUAGCAGCCAACGCUGCACCAUCAGAUAUAAAAGACAUGCAAAUCGAGAAGUCUCCGACAGAAAAUGAAAGUGUCAAGUACAAUGACAUUGAAAUGAAGGUUGCUGACAAGCCGGUAGUUCCAAACAGUCGCACAGUAAUGGCCUCAGCCACCACUCCAGGCGAGAUUAAAAGGAAAAUUGACGAUAAUGUGCUAUGUUCAAAUAUCCAAAUUUCAUUUAAAAAGCAGGCGAAGUUGGAGCAGGAAGAACAAGCUGACCCAAAACCGUUGCCACAAAAUGGAGAGUCGAAUAGUCCUACAAACUGUCCCAAAGCUGGUGGUGCAACUCAUGCCACAAACGGACCAAUUACAGUUGCGACAAAGCCAGUACAUAUUUCUGCCGUCGACUUGACUUCGGCGGAGCAGAACUCUGAGAACACGAACGACGUACCUCUUUCUUUGUCCAAUGGAGACGCCGUUGCUGCCGUACCGUUGGACGAUACUCAGGAAGUCAUCAUCACAGCGGAUCUGCAGAACUCCCGUCCAGUCCCCGUGCCGCCCAAAGAGCCCAUCUCUGUCAGGAGCGAGGCGCAUCCCCAGGCGUUACUCGACCACAGCGUGUACUGCCGCCUGGGCACGUGGGUCAAGACUGAGGAGACUGAGGAGAUUGGAGAUGAGGACUUGCAGGAACAAGAGGAAGAGGGACAGCAGCUUCUUGAAAUGGUCCACGAAUUCCUCGAGAGCUUUUAUGUGAAGUACGGCAGUUUCAUUCCUCUGGCUGAAAACGACGUUGUGGAUCAUUUGAAGCAGAAAGGCAAAUCGGACCUCACAGACAAGGCGGUGGACAUAGAGAAGCAGGUGACUCGUUACAGAGCGGGGCUGGCCUCUGCUCCCGUGGCCGGCUUUGCAGUCGCGCACAACCGCCACACACUCAGUUUGGAGGACCUCAGCACACUGGAGGAACAGAACUGGAUCAAUGACCAGAUCAUCAACAUGUACGGCGAGCUCAUCAUGGAGGCGACUGAACAGAAGGUUCACUUCUUCAACAGCUUUUUCCACAAGCAGCUGGUUGCCAAGGGUUACGAGGGUGUGAAAAGAUGGACAAAAAAAAUCGACCUGUUUUCCAAGUGGCUGGUGCUCAUUCCCAUUCAUUUAGAGAUCCACUGGUCUCUGGUCACUGUCAGCAUGGCACACAAAACCAUCAGCUACUAUGACAGCCAAGGCAUCGUCUUCAGACAUACCACUGAAAACAUUAUGAAGUACCUUCUGGCUGAAGCCAAAGAGAAAAAACAGACUGCUUUCCAGAAAGGCUGGAAGCUCACCAUUGUCAAGGGGAUUCCUCAGCAGAAAAAUGACAGCGACUGCGGGGUUUUUGUCCUUGAGGUCGUCAGAGCUGUCUCAAAUCUGACGCAUGUCCCAGAUUUUGGACAGAACAGAUGGCCAUUAGUCAGCCUCAGGCUGGGCCAAUCCACACAAAAGAAUGGUUUUGUUUCAGGCUACGGUUCACACUUGCGAGUCUGA